CUCUCUCUCUCCUCUCUCUCUCCUCGACGCCAUGUAAAUUUCAUUUCUCAGUUUCGCAGACACUUGACGAUGCUCAUGUAUUUUCUCUCUCGCCCGUGAGUCUUUCAUUGUUUUUUCCCUAAGAAUUCUUCAUUUUUUUCUUCUUCGUCUCUGUUACGUUUCCGCGAUGGACGAGGAAUUGAAGAAGCGGUACACCGAUUGUGUGUAUUUCUUGGCCUCGCCUCUCACCUGCAAGAAGGGUAUUGACUGUGAGUAUAGGCACUGUGAGAUUGCAAGGCUCAACCCAAGGGAUUGCUGGUACUGGUUGUCUGGAAGCUGUCGCAACCCAACCUGUGCUUUUAGGCAUCCUCCAUUGGAUGUGCACACUGGAGCGACAUCAGAAUCUGCACCAAGUUCUGUACCUGUGAACAAGACCAACGUCCCAUGUUACUUUUAUUUUAACGGGUUCUGUAACAAAGGUGACAGAUGCUGUUUUCUGCAUGAUGUUAAUGCUGAUGCACCACCACGUGAGAAAUUAGUAAACACAACCUUGGCAAAGUCUGAAGCGCCAAAUGUAGGAAACAACACAUUUGCAGUAUGGGAGUUAGGGUCAGCACCAGCUAAUAAACCGGUUAUUCAGCAAAAGACUAACAAAACGUUAGUCCCAUCUGCUACUGCUACUGCUACUGCAAAUAUAGAAGCUCAUACAAUGGUCCAACCUAAAGAAGAUAUUCAACUGUUGGUGCCAGAAGAUGUUGCACAGCAAAGCGGAGCUUCCCCGAUCUCUGUUUCUGAGUGUGAAGAGACUGCUACAAUAAGGUCAGACUCUCUUCCAGCGGGAGAAUUUGUUCAUAGCAUAUCUUAUGCAUGCGAAGAGAACAGUUCAGAGGAGCAGGUAGACGGUCGGAUUGACCCAGAGGAGAGGUGGGAAUCAUCCCCAGGCUUUGAUGUUCUUGUGGAUAAUGAAUCAGAGAAUUUGGACUCCGAAGAUGAUCCGGAGUACAUGAUGGCACUUGAUAGGAAAAGAAGGGAUUUGACCAGCCACUUCUUGGCCUAUGAUUUUGAAAACCAAGUUGAAUAUGAUAGAUACCGUGAGAUGGAACUUCAAUAUGAAAUUGAGACAUGCAGCCGUUAUGAUCAUCCAGUUAGCAAGGACAUUUUUGGUGAUGUGGAGAAUAAUCCUGGUCAUGCAGACGUGAGAAUGUUUGAUUCCUUUUUAUCCCGCAAGGAAUUGGCUUUUGGUAACCAGAGACAUGCGGAUCUUCGUGACCAUCUUAGAAGGAGAAAGUUUGUUGAUAGUCAUUCAGUUACUGGCUUAUCAAGAAUGCGUGAAUCUAGUCAGCUGAUUCGUAGAAACCACGAAAGGCCUUGGCGGCAUGGUAUGGGUCGCAUACGACCGCUUGAGAGACGGGCACUGGAUGUAGGAGGGAACACUAUUGACUCACUCGGCAACAAUGGAACUUACUCAAAUGGUGGAAGGCGGCAUGGUUUUCCAAGACACUCACAGAAAUAUCAAUCUAGGAGGCAGCAUUUUAAAGAGAAAAGGCUUCCUAAAAGGCGGUUUCUUUCAUCUGAAAUCUCGAGCGAAAGGAGGGUACCGAGGGAGAGGAUGUCUACUCGGGAGUCUACAAAAUUUUUGGGACCCAAGACCCUUUCCCAGAUCAGAGAAGAGAAAAGAAAACCAGAAGAAGAUGGUGAUUUCACUAGGAAAAUGAGAAGCUACGGAAGAAAGUCAUCAGUUGACUUUCAGGGUCCUAAACCUUUGAGUGAAAUCCUGAAGGAGAAAGGGAAGCUGACCUGUGAAACUUAAAGGCCAUAACUAGCACCAUCCAAAGAAUGUGCUUGUGAGACAGUGAAUUGGAUUUGUAAAAGAAGAUGAUGAAGUGUUUGAGUGAGAAAAAAGGCUUUCUACCAAAAAUUGUGGCCGUGAUUGGCCACUGUUCGUACUGUUUACCGGAUAAAUUUUUGUUUUUUCCGCCAUUUUAAUCAAGAGAGAGAACUUAUUAAGAAGCUUACUAGCAAUUCUUUCUAGAAUCCUUUAUAGUUGAUAAUCCCCUUUAGGAGAAGAGUUGAUGGAUUAAAUCAUUUUUAAUGUCGAUAUUGUUUCAGUUUCUGUAUAGAGCUACUUGCGAAUUAACUAGUUGGUCAUUGCAUUUCUAUUAGAAAAGUUCCUCUUAUCUGCC